GUUGGUAUCAAGACGUAAACAAUGGCAAAAGGCGGGAUCAUGGGCGGGAGUUAGAAAUACUGGUGAAGGUCAAGAUUUGUGGAAGGUUAUGAAUUGCGAUAUAUUUGUGGGCAAACUAUUUCUUUAAAUGCGUACUGUGUAUAAAUUCGUGUUUUUAAUAUUAUAUUGAAAUUUGUAUUGUUACGGUUUGACAGAAAACAAAAUCAACUCAAUUGAAAUGAAGCAGAAUAAUACGAUGGCGUUGAAGUUGAUGGACAUGACGACAGAGCGCGACAGGGUGGAGUCGUUCUCGGGCGGUAAAUGGCCGUUCCGCACCGGCUUGCUGGCGCCACAGAAGAUGGCGGAAGCUGGCUUCUUCUACUGCGGCUCGGAGCUGAACGGCUGGGACUGUGUGAGGUGCUUCGUGUGCCUGAAGGAGCUCGGGGGCUGGGAGCCGUGCGACGACCCGUGGGAGGAGCACAGGGGCCACAGCCCCGGCUGCCUGUUGGCGCGGCUCGCCAGGAAGCAGGCGCUGCUCACCGUGUACGAGACGUACGACGUCAUGGCCGCCCACUGCAUGGCCAUCCAGAAGGACUUGCUUCACCGGCGCAAGGCGCAGCUGGAAGAGUUGCACAAGCAGGUGGAGAACAUGAUCCGCGCCGCGUGAGUGGUCCGUGCCGCGUCUCUCCCGGGCCCCCGCUCCCGUGCACGUGCCGCUGCUGCCAGUGAGCUUGGCUGAGACUCUAGCGCACCUUCCGAGUUGGGAGCUGGCGAGGCGUCAGUUGUUCUCAAGUGUUCCGUGCGUCGAAACCACCAUCAUCAUCAAGAUUAACGUGUUUAUCUCUAUUUGUAUCAAGUAUUUGGCUUAGAUAGUUUCAAACGAUAUUUGUUUCCCUUUUUUGGUCUUCUACAGUAGAAUAAACCCUGUUACAACGUUAUACUAAUAGAAGAGUGAGAGAGAGAAGGAAAAAACCUGUUAUUGCUGGAACUAAAUGUUCAAGACCAAUGUUCUAGUUUAUCUUUAUUUUAUAUUUAUUUUACAAUUAACUCAUAAAGAACUUUAACAUUA